AUGAGUAACAGUAAUAGUCCUGAGAACGUCAUUAUUAAUUUUAGUAGUGAUGAGGAAGGGGGAGAUAGACAGAUUACUGUGCCAGUCACUGAUGCACGUGUUAGAGCUGAUGCACGCACCAAUUUAGAUGCACACACCACUGGAGAUGCACGCACUGAGUUAGAUGCACGCACAUCAGCCAACACAGACGCACACACAGAGACAGGCACACACACAGUAGGCGCAGACAGCCUGGACGCCGAAGCCGCACAUCUGGCACGUCUAGCGCAGUCUGAGUCUACUGUGACACACCAGCAUGAUGAGCUUGGCGACAUUCGUGUCGACCUUGACUACAUAUGGGGGAAAUAUGCCCAAUUAUUCACACCCAUUGUAGACACAUUUGUCAAACACUGCAAGCUCUACACCAAAGCAGUCAAUGCACUAUUUGAUGCAGAGGUGAGACUUGCGCAAUUCAGACCGCCACUCUCAUUGGCUCAUAAGCCCAAGACCACCGGGGACACGAAGCUAGAUGAACAAAUAGCGCAGGUUACAGCCAGAUGUAACCAGGAAAUUUGCAUUUUGCUAGCGGAGUCUAGGAGGGUAUCAUGCAUUGAGGCGAAAAAGGCACUGAGUGACUGUAAGCACUCACUCCCAGCAGCAGUACGACAUGUCGUCCAGACCGAGCUGGUCGUUUCUCCACGCAUUGAUGUUGAUGAACUGGCUGGACGCAUUAGGAGCCAUGCUGAAUGCCUUGCCGACGCACCAGCACCACCGCCCGGUGAAAAUAGUACUGCCAACAAACCAGUUGUGACACCUGCCCCACCCCAACAGCAGCGACAACAACAGCCGCAGCAGCAGCAACAGCAGCAGCGUAAGACGCCACGCAAGCAACAACAUCAGCAGCCAGUAACGCCGAGGCAGCAGCAACAGCAGACGCCGAAGCAGCAUCGUCGUCGACCUUCGAAUCACGACGUUCAACCCACGUCUGAACAACAGGCAACGACUAGCUCAGCACGCCGUACGCAACGCCGCCGUCCACAGCAGGCCUCAACGCCGCAACCGGUACGACGCUCGGCGCGCAACGCCCCGGCCGAUCGCUAG